UCCCCUCUUCCUGUGAGACGGUUGGUGCCUUAGCAACUAAACCUAGCAACUAGGGAAUCCUCGAGUGUUGCGGAACUCGGCUGAGGGGCCUUGGAAACCUUGCGCUCGCAACGAGCAGUUUCCAGCCUCCUGGGCAAGGGAACAGUAUCCUCCCUUGCCUGGGAUUCUGGAACCAUUUCAUUCUGGUGAAAGUAAGAGGCAGCUUGGGACCAGCAGCCUUUCGCGGAGAAAAUCUGACAUGCCCAUCCUAUGUGACAGGCCGCGCCUUGUGGCAUGUGGGAUCUUAGUUCCCCAACCAGGGAUCAGGGAUUGAAAGCGAGCCCCCUGCCUUGGGAGCAUGGAGUCUUAACCACUGACUGCCAGAUUGCUGAAGCUAAAAGAGAUGUUUAAUUCUAAGUUUGGAUCCGUUCCCAAGUUUUAUGUUCGAGCACCAGGAAGAGUCAAUAUCAUAGUUUUUCACCAUUGGGAACGAUGUUGGCUGUCGGUUUGUCAUAUAUGGCCUUUAUUAUGUUGGGGAGAGCAUAUAGAUUACUGUGGAUAUUCUGUUCUUCCUAUGGCUGUAGAACAAGAUAUGUUAAUAGCUGUGGAACCUGUGAAAACACACGUUCUCCAGCUGGCCAAUACCAAUCCUUUGUACCCGGACUUCAGUACUAGUGCUAAUAACAUCCAGAUUGACAAAACCAAGCCUCUGUGGCACAACUAUUUCUUAUGUGGAUUUAAAGGAAUUCAGGAACACUUUGGUCUUAGUGACGUGACUGGAAUGAAUUGCUUGGUAGAUGGAAACAUCCCACCGAGUUCUGGCCUCUCCAGCUCCAGUGCUUUGGUCUGUUGCGCUGGCUUGGUGACACUCACAGUGCUGGGCAUGAACCUAUCCAAGGUGGAACUUGCAGAAAUCUGCGCCAAGAGUGAGCAUUACAUUGGCACUGAAGGAGGAGGGAUGGACCAGUCCAUAUCAUUUCUUGCAGAAGAAGGAACUGCCAAGUUGAUAGAAUUUAGUCCUCUGAGGGCAACUGAUGUGAAACUCCCAAGUGGAGCAGUGUUUGUGAUUGCCAACAGUUGUGUGGAAAUGAAUAAAGCAGCAACUUCUCAUUUCAAUAUCAGGGUGAUGGAGUGUCGGCUGGCUGCAAAGCUCCUAGCUAAGCACAAAUGCUUGCCAUGGGAGGAAGUAUUGCGGCUGGAGGAGGUGCAGGCCAAGCUGGGGGUCAGUCUGGAAGAAAUGUUGUUGAUCACAGAAGAUGCCCUUCACUCUGAACCCUAUAGCCCUGAGGAGAUCUGCAGGUGUCUGGGAAUUAGCCUGCAGGAACUCAAGACCCAAAUCCUGAGUCCAAACACUCAAGACGUGCUCAGCUUCAAACUCUACCAGCGGGCAAAGCACGUGUAUAGCGAGGCUGCGAGAGUGCUCCAGUUUAAGAAGAUAUGUGAAGAAGCACCUGACAACACGGUCCAGCUGCUGGGGGAGUUAAUGAACCAGAGCCACGUGAGCUGCCGGGACAUGUACGAGUGUAGCUGCCCUGAGCUGGACCAGCUGGUGGACAUCUGUCGGAAAUUUGGGGCUCAAGGAUCACGACUUACUGGAGCAGGCUGGGGAGGCUGCACAGUAUCGAUAGUACCUGCUGACAAGCUGUCCAGCUUCCUAGCAAAUGUGCACGAAGCUUAUUACCAGAGGAGCAAUCGAAGCUUAGUGCCUGAGAAGCAGAGUUUGUUUGCUACCAAACCUGGAGGUGGAGCUUUGGUUUUCCUUGAGGCCUAAACAAACAAUGUAAAAAAUCUCCAAGAAACUAUUUAGAGCAUUUAGGAACUGGCAGGACUUCUAUGCCACAGCAAAUUAAUCCUCUUUCUGUUUUGUAUUAUGAUGAACGGUUGCUAUUAUCAAGAUGUAUUUCCAAAGAAAUGGUUGAAAGCUCCCUAUGCUUCAUAAUGAUUAUUUUUCCAUCUUAAAAUAUGUUUUCUACUAAUAAGAGCCAAAAUUAUGCUUGGACAGAUCUCUUAAGAUAAUUUACUGGAUUUAUUGAUUUCAAGAUUUUUAAAAACAAAUGGGAAAAGACCAUCAAUACUGACCUCAUGGAUUGUACUUGAACUAAACAUACAUUCUUAAGUACAGUUUAUUUCUGGUUUCUCUUGGCAUUCUUCUUCCUCAAGGUUGAAGUCUGCUGUUGUUGUUGAUGAUGAUGAUGAUGAUGAUGAUAGUGAUGCCAGAAAUUUUCUCUCAGUUUGGGCUUCAGAACGCUAUUAAAAUAAUACGUUAUUAAGGAUUCACAGAUUUUCCUGGAUAUUGUAUACUUGAAAGUGAGAUUCUCCCAGUUAUCAAGAUGAGGAGGAUCACUUAAAUUUUUUUUUUUUUUCAAAAGAUGAUGGAUUUAGGAAGAAAAUCCCAGGCUCAUUUAAUUUUUUUUUAACCCUGUGAUAUCAUAUAAACAGUCACUUUCAAUUCUUUUGGCCCUGAGCUUUCUCUGUCAU